GUGCUUCUAUUAAUUUCUGUUUAGUUUGAUUUUCGGUAGUUGUUUAUGUUUUUCGUAUAGCGAUGAAGACUCCGCAUAGUUUAGUGCCCCUUGGCACGAUAUUGCUGUGUUUAGCAGUACUUUCUUCAGGACAAUAUUAUUUCGAGGAAGAGAAAGAAAUGAAUAAUAACUUUGUAUGGUGUACAACAAGUUUGGAGGAAACGUACAAAUGCCAGAACUUCACAAAGGCCCUCGAACGAGAUGUGGCACUGUUUAAUGAUUAUUUCUUAAACAUUUCCUGCCACCAUGGAUACGAUCACGACGACUGUAUGACGUUAAUCAACGACCGCAAGGCCGACGUGAUGACGCUGGACGCCGGAGAAGUUUUUAGCGGUGGCCGAUUCCACUCGUUGAUCCCCCUUAUGCAAGAAGGAUACGAAGGAGGGUUUACACAGUAUCACGCCGUUGCUGUUAUCAAGAAAGGAUCGCUUCAGGAUGUGACCCAUCUAAGGCAUCUGCGUGGCAAAAAAGGCUGCUUUGCUUGGGUUGGUAGCCACGCAGGCUGGACGGUUCCCAUCUAUACCCUGCAACGUGAAGGAGGAAUGGUCAUAACGGACUGCAACAACAUUGUGAAAACGACGACGGACUUUUUCGGUCCAUCGUGUGCCGUCAAUGCAUUGAUCGAUAAGUACAAUCCGAUCGGAGACAAUUCGAACAAUCUCUGCUCUCUGUGUACCGGGGUGAUUCCAGGCGGAAAAUGUAGCCCUUCAGACCCGUAUGCUGGUUUUGAGGGUGCUUUUCGUUGUUUGGUGGAAGCAGGGGACAUUGCUUUCUUGAAACACACCACAGUGGAAGAAAUGGUAGAAAGUGGCUUUUUACCGGGCCUGACCGUUGAUCAGUUUGAACUGCUGUGCAAGGAUGGAACUCGUCAACCGAUUGCUCAAUAUCGCCAAUGCCAGUGGAGCAGCGUGCCGUCUCAUGCACUAGUAAUAUCGAGUGCUGUCUCAAAAUCGGAGCGGCGAAAACUGAAAAAGUUUUUUACGAAAGCAGUCAAUUUGUAUGGAUCGAAACAGCAACGAUACAAUAGCAGUACAUCCUCGGCCUAUGAUCGGCAGGACGAUCGUUACAAUCCAUAUCAAAAUAGGUUCACCACAACAACGACUACAUAUUCUCCGUUCAACGAGGGAUCCACAAAUUACAGUACUCAGCCUUACGAGUCCUUCGAUCUAUUCGAAUCAAAGCGAUACGGAAGACGUUUGAAUUUGAUGUUUCAAGACUCAACUCGUCACCUGGCACCGAUAGAUGAUGAUAAGCAAAAUUAUCAAAAGUUUCUCGGUAAUUCACUCGAACAAAUCUACGGCACCCGUUCCUGUCCCGUGGGCCGAAUGAUGUUGUGCGUUACGUCCGACGCGGAAUACGAGAAAUGCAUCAAGAUGCGAACUGCAUUGAAGGCGCAGUUAAUAAAGCCCGAUAUGCUGUGUUUGAAAGCGCAUUCUCACAUAACGUGUAUGCAGCACAUCCAAUCAGGCACAGCUGAUGUGGCUGUGCUAGAUGCAAGCGAUGUAUACACAGCGGGACUUCACUACGAUCUGAUGCCUUUUAUGUCGGAAAUAUAUGAUCUGGGUCUACCAGAGUACUACGUGGUGGCGGUAGCCAAGGAAGAAGAUCCUGAUACCGAGCUUACUUACCUGCGUGGAAAGUACACGUGUCAUUCCGGGAUCAAUACUGCGGCAGGCUGGGUCUAUCCGAUGGCCUAUCUCAUUUCGAAUGGCUGGAUUCGUCCGUACGGUUGUGAUAGUAUUCGAGCAGCCGCGGAAUACUUCACAAAGUCGUGCGUCCCCGGUGCAAUCAGCAAAGAGUACAACACGGGUGUUCCAUACGACAAUAUGUGCGAUCUGUGCCAUGGUAAUAGCUUCCGCUAUUGUCGACGUGAUGCGUCGGAAGAUUAUUACGGCAACACCGGUGCCUUCCGAUGCUUGGUGGAAGGCGGUGGUCAUGUUGCAUUUGUUCGUCAUACAACCGUUAUAGAAAACACGGGAGGCAAGAAGCGCGAAUGGUGGGCCCGAGAUGCCUUUCCGGAUGAUUUUGAGCUACUGUGUCCGGAUGGAACCCGUGCUGAGGUGAACGAGUUCAAGAAGUGUAAUCUCGGUGUAGUCAAGGCAAAUGCUAUUGUUGCCCGCGGAGGACGUGGUUACAAUGGUACGGAAAUGAACGCUUACAUCAAUCUGUUUACCUACGCUCAACAGUUCUACGGAAGGAAGUUCUCCGAUGAAUUUAGUUUCAGCAUGUUUUUCUCACCUCCUCCGUAUCAUGAUCUGAUAUUUUCCGAUGCCACCAGAGGAUUGCGCGUAGUAGAUUCCGAUAAACGCUGGUUCGAUGCUUACCUAGGGCCAAACUUCAUGCGCGCUCGUCGCAUUACGGACUGCCAUGCUGGGUCCUCAAUUUUGUAUAUAAGUGCCUUAAAUAGUUGUAUGCUAGUUGUUUCUGUAUUAUUCUCUCUGAAGUUCAUAUUUUAGGAGGAGUAACUGACCCACUUUUCAACACAACCUUUAACAACAGGAAACGGUUCCGUCCAAUCGUACAUCCAAACACAAAUAUAUUGUAAGAUAAAGUAAGAAUGAUGAUUUUAAUGCUCUGAACAUUCCAUUCUAUCUUGUAAUCAAAAUACAAUUAUUGCCCUGUUAUUUCAAUUGAAUCAUUACAUUUUCUACAGAUCUGAAUCUGAAUCUGAAACACGUUUUAACCUGGAUUAAGAUUAGUUUAAAAUUCCGUGAAAGGGAUCCGCGCUAUGAACGUGUAGAAAUAUAUA